AUGAAUGUGUUUGUAUUGGUUUUUUUAUAUUUAAUUUCAAGAUUCGUGUCGUCGAACGAAAUAAAUCAUUCAAGACAUAGAAAAUAUGCUGAGGAACAUAGUUUGUCGCUUAGAGAUAUUUUGCCUCUAAAACCAAAAAAUUAUGACAAAAAUAGAGCUCCUAAAUAUCAAGGACAACCCACAACCGUUUAUUUUCAUGUCACAGUUCUUUCUUUGGAUUCUAUAAACGAGGAGUCGAUGACAUACGUAACUGACAUAUUUCUUGCACAAAGCUGGAGGGAUCAUAGGCUUAGAUUGCCAGAAAAUAUGAGUGAAGAAUAUCGUAUUCUUGAUGUGGAUUGGUUACAUAGUAUAUGGAGACCAGACUGCUUUUUUAAAAAUGCCAAAAGUGUGACGUUUCAUGAAAUGACAAUACCUAAUCACUAUUUAUGGCUGUAUCAUGAUAAAACUCUUCUUUAUAUGUCAAAGUUGACUUUAGUUUUGUCAUGUGCUAUGAAAUUUGAAUCAUAUCCACAUGACACUCAAAUAUGUACAAUGAUGAUUGAAAGCUUGUCUCAUACAAACCAUGAUUUAGUUUUUAUAUGGAACAUGACUGACCCAUUGGUUGUUAAUCCAGAAAUAGAAUUACCUCAACUUGAUAUAUCUAACAAUUAUACAACUGAUUGUACAAUAGAAUACUCCACUGGUAACUUUACAUGUUUGGCGGUGGUGUUUAACCUUACAAGACGAUUAGGAUAUCAUUUAUUUCACACGUAUAUUCCGUCAGCUUUAAUUGUUGUAAUGUCUUGGAUAUCAUUUUGGAUUAAACCAGAAGCAAUCCCUGCCCGAGUAACACUUGGUGUUACAUCUUUAUUAACAUUAGCUACCCAAAAUACGCAGUCACAACAGUCGUUACCACCAGUGUCAUAUGUUAAAGCAAUUGAUGUAUGGAUGUCAAGUUGCUCAGUGUUUGUAUUUAUGUCGUUAAUGGAAUUUGCUGUUGUUAAUAACUAUAUGGGACCCGUAGCGACAAAAGCAAUGAAAGGUUAUUCGGAUGAAGAUCUCCAUUCAGAAAUUAAUGAUUAUAGGGGUAUUGAACGUCCUAGAUUUAGUACAGCCAGCGCUCCUCAAUAUGAUACAUUUUGUAACGGAAGAAGCAUAGCUUUGUGCAUCGAUCAAUUUUCAAGAUUUUUCUUCCCAUUUUCGUUCCUAAUCUUAAAUAUUGUAUACUGGUCAACUUUUCUUUAGUAUAACAUGUUCAAAAAAGUGCACAAUUUAUUUUACAGCUGUAAAAUCUGUAUUUUUUAGUAAAGUUUAUUUAACUUUAUUGCUUUAUUUUUGAAUUGCUAACGUAUGAUAUAUUCAGCUGAAAGCGUUGCGGCAUUUACUUACACUUUAUUUAAGAACGAUUGUUUUCAAAUUUAUUACAAAAAUUUAAUAAAAUCAUUAUUUUUUAUUUUAAUGCAGAGAUUAACAUUAAAAAUAAAAUGACAUCAUGAUUAAAAUAAUUCCCCUCAAUUAACUAAAAUCUUAAUUUAUAAUAUUAUCUUGCAAUUUAAAAUGGGCGACUUAAAAGUAGCGUUUUGGUCACAGGCUGAAAUUACCAUUAUGAUCGUCGUAAUGCUACUAGCUCAGCCAGUUAU